AAGUUCCCUUGUGGUGACUGGCACUGUCCAUACUGUUCAUGCAAAUUCUGUGGAACAGUAGCUGGGAAGAUAUCCCGGGGGACGAUAAUCAUGAUGAACGCGUAUAUGAAGUGCUUGCAUGCCGUUUGUGUGAGGAAAAAUUCCAUCAACUGUGCAUCCAGGGGGAGGAUGCUAUAGAUGUGAAUUCCAAAUUUCCAUCUUUUUGUGGGAGAAACUGCCAGCAGCUCUUUGAGCGACUACAGGUUCUUCUCGGGGUCAAACAUGAACUAGAAGAAGGGUUUUCAUGGACUCUUCUUCAGCGUUGUGAUGUUAGCAGUGAUAAUUCUCUUUUUGUUGCUCCACUGAAAGUUGAAUGCAAUUCCAAGUUAGCUGUUGCAUUUUCUGUUAUGGAUGAGUGUUUUUUGCCAGUUGUUGAUGAGAGAAGUGGCAUCAGUAUGAUUCAUAAUGUUGUCUACAGCUGUGGGUCAAACUUUAGUCGGCUGAAUUACAGUGGUUUCUACACGGCUAUUUUAGAGAGGGGUGAUGAAAUCAUCUCAGCAGCAUCUAUAAGGAUCCAUGGGAGUCAGUUGGCGGAGAUGCCAUUCAUCGGGACUCGCAAUAUGUAUAGGCGUCAAGGGAUGUGUCGUCGGCUCCUAAAUGCAAUUGAAUCUGCUCUCUGCUCUGUUGAUGUGGAAAAAUUGGUUAUACCUGCAAUAUCCGAACUUUUCCAAACCUGGACUUCGGUUUUUGGUUUCAAGUUGCUUGAAUCAAAAAGAAAAACAACGAGGCACAUGAGUAUGAUAGUGUUUCCUGGCACAGAUAUGUUAGAGAAACCUCUAUCAAAGCAUCAGGUUGCUGAAGGACACAUGAUUCUGGCUGCAGAUCUAAAGUCCACUGAGCUUGGAACUAAGCCUCAAACGUUGCACGUGGAGGCAAAUGUUUCUGAUAGGGGAUGUUUCAUUGGAUCUGAUUCCAGUGCUUCCCCUGAGGCCAUUGUCCAACAUGCAAGUGGAGUACAUGGUGAACCUGCUGCUUGUAAAUCUGGUUUGCAUCAUCCUGAUGGUUCCUUGCACAAUCAACUUGUCAAGGAUUCAACUUGUGAUGCUCCUGAAAUCGGGCAGCAAACUCCAGAGGGGAUGAAUAGAUGUCCAAAUGUUCCAUCUAGUUCUGUAUUGGUUCUUCCUGAUAUCGAAACUGGGGAACGGAACCCCAAUUUGGCCCAACACGAUAUUUGUGGAGUGGAAAUCAAACCGUCCAUUGUUCCUCAGAUCGGGUCUGAUGCAAUGAAUUGUGCGAGAGAAACUACUCAUGCAUUAGAAGGGGGUAAAGAUGCUGGUGAUUUUCUGCAGAAUACUGAUGUUAAUUCUUCUAAGCCCAAUUGCGGUUCUCUUGAGGGGGGCUCGAUACAACAUCCUGCUGGAAUCAUGAACCAACGUCAUGAUGCAGAGCUACAUGAAUUUCAAGCUUCUGAUUCAGGGGAUACACUUCUGAUGUCCUCUGAUGCAAAGUAUGAGAUUCAACUUCAUCGUGACUCCCAUACUACUUCGCCAUCUCUUGGAAGAACAGAAGAUGUUGCAGAGGACUCGGAUAUACCUUUGCCUGAUGGUAAUAGCCAAAAUUGUCCAUGUCUGGUGAAUGUUAGUAAAACUCAUGAACCCCAAGAUUUCGCUUCAGUUGACAAUAAGCAGCUUCCUUUCUCUGGGACCGUCCUGUAUGCUACUGCUGGAUUUGAUUCCCCAGCCUCUUAUAUGGAUCCUGGAUCUUGCAAGUCCUCAGAAACAGGAUUAGGGGUUGAUAACGGUAAUAUUUCUGGGGUAAGGGCAUCUUCCUUGACUUGCCCUGUUGGGGUGAACCAAACUAGUUUAGUAGAGGUUGCUCGCAAUGAUGUGCAAGAGCUUAAAGAACAAUUUGCUGCUUCUCAAGCUGAUUUUUAUUCUGUGGGUGUGAAUUCUCUUUCCAAGGGGUCUAAGUUGUGCUCCAAAUCAUCAGAGCAACCUGAGUCUUGUUCUCAGGUUGAUCACACUAGUGUCACUCUUUGUGAUUCAGAAUCCUUGAGCAUCUCAAGCUCCUGUCCUGAUUUGGUUGGUCUCUGUACUUCUGGCAGUCGUAAUCUGUUUGGCAUAUCUGAGGUAGGUUCAUGUAGGUUGUUGAAGAGUGGUAAGCUGUGCUGACUAGAUAUAAUAUGAAGCGUGGAAUGCUGGACUUGGGUAGCAUGUUUGGUUUUUUUGUUAAGAUUUUCCAAUGGCAUUUGAAUGCUAAUCAGUAGAUGCUGCCUUUUAAGGAGUGCAAGUCUGUAGAUAAACAUUUGUUUUUUGAAAAGGGGUGGUAGGGCAAUAUCUACAAGAAUAGCAAGAUACGGAAAUAUACAACUGGUUUUCUGCAAUCUAAUUAAUACAAUGUGGAGUCCUUUUGAUGCAAAUGUGUGCAAACAAAGUAACUUCAUAUUGAGGUAUGCUUGUUGUUGUUACAAAAUCUCUUACUGGCUUGUGUUACUUUGACAACCUUAUUGUGCUGUAUAUAUCUCUUUACUUGUCAG